GGACCCCGUUAAACCGCAUGAACCAAACAUGGCUCCGCUUCAUCAUCCCCGGCGGCUGCUCGCUUCCGUCGUCCUGCUGCUCGCCCUGAACCACGUCCACGCUCGGUCCUCCCAGAUUUCCGACCUGAAAUCCAAAAUAUCCGGAGUGGAGGAGCUCCUGGAGGAGUUCAGGAAGCAGCUCCAGCAGGACCAGGCGUACCGCACGGCCGAGGUGGCCGACACCUGCGCGGGCGACUUCAGCGCGGUCGGGGAGCGCAUCAUCCGGACGAAGGCCUCCAUCGAGCAGGGGGCCACCUUCCUGCUGGCCCCGGACAGGGUGUACACGUGGAGGGACUGCGUGCACGCCUGCUGCUCGCAGCCGCACUGCACGGUGGCGGUGGUGCAGGGGGAGCAGCGGAGGGCCGGGGACAGCCUCAGCUGUUACCUGUUCAACUGCACCUACAGGGGGAGCAGCAUCUGCUCCUUCGCGCCGCAGGAGGGCUUCACCACGUACCACCGGGCCCCGAACAGCACCCGGGGGCCCCCGGUGAGCACCGGGAGGUCCGGACACUCUGAGGAGGACGAGACACAAGAGGUGGACGAGCCUCCUCGCAGCGACGCCGGACAGAACGUGGUGAUCCAGCUGCCCACGGACUGGGCCGUCCUGGACGGGAGGGACAGUGUGGACGACCACAGGAUCACCCACUACGAAUGGACUCUGGUUAAGGGCGACACCAGCGUCAACAUGAAGGCGACCCAUGUGGGGCUGCUGAAGGUCAGCGGUCUCCAGGAGGGCGUCUACACGUUCCAGAUGACGGUCACCGACACGGCGGGACAGAAGAGCUCGGACAACGUCUCCAUCACGGUUCUGGCACCGAAGCACCAAGCAGAAGUGUGCACUGGUAUCUGCUCCAACUAUCAGUUCAAGUGUGACGACGGCUGCUGCAUCGACAUCUCCUACGCCUGCGACGGGAGGCAGCACUGUCCGGACCGCUCCGAUGAGGACUUUUGCACAAACUUUGACAGCAGCAGGAAGUCGGUGACCCAUCCUGCGGAGCCCCAGAAGCCUGCAGCUCAGACGGAGCAGGCCGAGGACCCCCCCGUGGUCCCCCCCGUGGUCCCAGCUGGAUCCAGAAAAACUGUCACGUCAGCAGUAGACAGGAGCCAGGCUGCUCCUCCACAAGGCCCCCGUGAUCAGGAGGCUUCUGUAGGCCAAGAUCCAUGUGCUGCGGCGCCGGUUGUCGGCCCGUGUAAAGGCACCUUCCCACGCUGGUACUACGACAAAAAGGCCGGAGAAUGUAAACAUUUCCUGUACGGCGGUUGCCAGGGAAACCAUAACAACUUCCUCCAGGAAUCUGACUGCGUCAGUGAAUGUAUACAGAAAAGUCCAGUUUUCAAACCACCAAGUGGAGCGGCUGCAGUCACCAAACAGACUGAGACGGCUACGACUAAAGUCUCCAAAAGCCAAGCAGGCGGUGAGACGCCCGUCUCCAAAUCAUUCCCAGUUAUGGGGGGACAUCCAGGACCAGAGUCAGGAGCGAUCCUUCCUCUGGCACUCGGCAUCCUCAUCACGGCUCUGCUGCUGCUCAUGAUCGGCUGCCGGCUCAGACUCGUUCGUCACAAACUAAAGAAAGCUCGCCCCCUCACCACCGAGGAGUCGGAUUACCUCAUCAACGGGAUGUACCUGUAGCCCAACACAACUC